AUGAGCAUCGUGAGAAAAGUGGCAAAGAAGAUGUAUGCAACAAGCAUAGCAAUGAGUAAUUGGAAAAAUGGUGUAGGCCCAAAAAUAGAUGCAAAAUUGGUGGACAAUGUCGCUAGAUCAGCACGCAUGUUGAGUGUACCUUAUGGAGGACGUAGGGUGUGUGUCUAUACAGCAAAAGGAGAUGUACAUGUUGAUCUUGGUUUAGGCGAAUGCAGCUGUGCAGCUUGGCAAAUGUCAGGCAUUCCAUGUCCCCAUGCCUGUGCAGUUAUUAAGGCUGUGAAUUGCAAUGUGUAUGAAUUUGUUGACGAAUGCUACAAGAUUACAUCACAGCAAAAGAUUUAUGGGAGGACUAUGAUUCCAGUGGCAACAGUAGACAUGCCAAAUCCUAACAACUACUGGGUGGAAAAUAUAGCAAGUCAAGUGUUCUUGGCACCGCCUUUGACUAGUCGACCACCAGGAAGGCCUAAAAUAAAACGACGAGAGUCACAGUUCCAAAAUAGGUGA